AUGACACAAAUAAAGGAAUCCAACCAAGAAACAACAAGCACUAAUAAUGAUAUUGCAACUUCUGUAUCUAAACAUAAUGCAAAGUUACCCAUUUGGGUACUAACACCACAAGAAGAGAUCCAAGCUCGAAAAAAUUUGAAGAAAUUUACUUAUGAAAAAUGUAAUGAUUAUGUCAAAGCAAUGGCAGAUUGUGCAAAGCUCAAUGGUGUUAAAGUUUUCCCAACUUGCAAUUCUGAGAAAGAAAAAAUGAAAGAAUGUCUAUUAUUUUAUCAAUUGGAUAAAAAAUAUUUAGAUGAACAAAGAGAUUUAGUAAUAUUAAAUAAGAUUGAAAAAAGAUUACAACAAAAUAAGCAAUCUUCUGGAUGA